AUGGGUCAUGGAGUACAUCUUCAGUUUGGCCAGUUUGGCCCUCAGUACAAGUUUGAUGGGACAGUCCGUCAGACAUCACCUCAUCCAUACAUCAAUCCUUACAUGGAUUAUAUCCGAUCAUUGCACAGCAGCCCUUCUCUCUCCAUGAUCUCAGCUGCUCGGGGACUGAGCCCUACAGAUGCUCCACAUGCAGGGGUUAGUCCAGCAGAAUACUACCAUCAGAUGGCUUUACUGGCAGGCCAGCGCAGCCCAUAUGCAGACAUCAUUCCUUCAGCUGCCACAUCAAGAGCAGGUGCCCUUCAUAUGGAAUAUCUCCACGCUAUGGAUAGCACUAGGUUUUCAAGUCCCAGGCUACCAACAAGACCAAGUCGAAAACGAACAUUGUCCUUAUCACCGCUGUCGGAUCAUAGUUUUGACCUUCAGACCGUGAUCCGCACAUCUCCAAACUCCUUGGUGACAAUUCUGAACAAUUCCCGUAGCAGUUCUUCAGCUAGUGGCUCUUAUGGGCAUUUAUCUGCAAGUGCAAUAAGCCCAGCGCUAAGUUUUGCAUACCCUCCAACACCAGUAUCCCUCCAGCAGAUGCAUCAACAGAUCAUCAGUCGACAGCAAAGUCUGGGUUCAGCCUUUGGGCAUAGUCCUCCACUCAUCCAUCCUGCUCCAACCUUUCCUACACACAGGCCUAUUCCUGGCAUCCCUAAUGUCUUGAAUCCUGUUCAGGUCAGCUCAGAUCCUUCAGAGGCUGCACAGAGUAAGCCCACAAGUGAGUCUGCAGUGAGCAGCACAGGAGACCCAAUGCAUAACAAGCGUUCCAAGAUAAAACCAGACGAUGAGCUCCCCAGCCCAGGAGCUGGAUGCAUGCAGGAACCACCGGAAGGAAUGACCUCAAUAAAGGAGGAAGGGGAGAAAGAUGAAAGCAAGCAAGAACCUGAAGUGGUCUAUGAGACAAACUGCCAUUGGGAAGGCUGUUCAAGAGAGUUUGACAUGCAGGAGCAACUAGUGCAUCAUAUAAACAAUGAUCACAUACAUGGGGAGAAGAAGGAGUUUGUAUGUCGAUGGCUUGAUUGUUCUCGAGAGCAGAAACCAUUCAAGGCCCAGUACAUGCUAGUUGUACAUAUGAGGAGACACACAGGAGAAAAGCCACACAAAUGCACUUUUGAAGGAUGUAUGAAGGCCUAUUCCAGGCUAGAAAACUUGAAAACCCACUUGAGAUCUCACACUGGAGAGAAACCAUAUGUUUGUGAACAUGAGGGUUGUAACAAAGCAUUUUCAAAUGCAUCUGAUCGUGCCAAACAUCAAAACAGAACUCAUUCUAAUGAGAAACCCUAUGUCUGCAAAAUACCAGGCUGCACAAAGCGCUAUACAGACCCAAGUUCUCUCCGAAAACAUGUAAAAACUGUGCAUGGUCCUGAAGCACAUGUCACCAAGAAACAACGUGGAGAUAUCCACCCAAGACAUCCACCACCAAGAGAUCAAGGCAAUCAUUCCCAAACCAGAUCCCCAGGCCACCUGACUCAGGGUGCAAUUGAUGAACAAAAGGGCCUCAGCAACACUACCUCAAAGCAAGAAGAAUGUCUCCAAGUUAAAACUGUUAAGUCAGAGAAGCCAGUGACAUCUCAGCCAAGCCCUGGUGGUCAGUCUACAUGCAGCGGCGAACAAUCCUCCAUCAGCAACUAUAGCAACAAUGGGAUCGAGCUUAAUCUGACCAGUAGAGGUAGUGUAGGAGAUCUCAGCAUUAUUGAUGAAACCCCUAUCAUGGAUUCUACAAUUUCUACAGCAACCACAGCUCUUGGCUUACAGGCCAGGAGAAAAAUGACCGAGACCAAGUGGAUGGAACAAAUCAAGCUAGAAAAGUUAAAACAAAUCAAUGGAGUGCUUCCAAGACUGAACCCCAUGCCAUCUUCCAAAGCCCCAGCAUUGCCUUCUCUCAUAAGAAAUGAUAUUCAGUCAACUAGUAGCUGCAGCAUUGGAGAAAACAUGACUAUCUUAACCAAGAAAAACGAAGUCACAAACACAGAUAUUACUAUACUGAACAUGCUAAACAGAAGGGAUAGCAGUGCUAGCACAAUCAGUUCAGCCUACAUGAGUAGUCGUAGGUCCUCUGGGAUUUCACCUUGUUUUUCCAGUCGUAGAUCCAGCGAUGCUUCUCAGGAGAACAGAAGGCAUCAGAAUCUCAGUGUUGCUGAUUCCUAUGAUCCUAUUUCAACUGAUGCUUCAAGGCGAUCCAGUGAAGUUAGCCAAUGUGAGGGCUUGCCUGGACUUCCCGGUCUUACUCCUGCACAACAAUACCGGCUGAAAGCAAAAUAUGCAGCAGCUAUUGGUGGACCUCCACCAACACCACUUCCUAAUAUGGAGAGGAUGAGCUUGAAAACAAGAAUGGCACUAUUAGGUGAUUCUAGGGAAUCUGGGAUGUCACCCUUGUCUCCAGUAAAUUCUCCUCGUAGAUGUAGUGAUACUUGGACAAAUAGUAACAGGAAACACCUACUGCCUCAUGAUAUGCUUGGGAAUAGCACAAGGAGAGCUAGUGAUCCUGCAAGACCAGUCUCAGAUAACCUGUCUUUUCCAAGAAUCCACCGUUUUAACAGUUUCAACAACUUUAACCCUCCUGUUUUGCCUCCAUCCAUUGAAAAACAGAACUUCAUCCUGAAGAAUUACACAUGCCCAGAUAUUGAUUUGUUCCGAAAUUUAUGUUCCCCUUGCCCACCAAGUAUUUUGGAGAAUGUGGCUAUGGAAGCUACUACCACAGAAGCAGAUGGUUGUCUGAAUGAUGAAGAUCUGUUACCAGAUGAUGUGGUCCAGUAUUUGAAUUCUCAGAAUCAUGGUUUAUACAACCAAUCGCUAAAUGAUGAACUAGACAAUAACAAAGAACAUCACAAUCCAGCAAUGGAAAACAACAACUUUAAUCAAUCUCUUCCAAUAAGCAAUUCUCAAAAAAAUGAAUUACCAAUUCAGUGGAAUGAAGUAAGCUCAGGAAGUUCUGAUCUAUCUCUAUUAAAAUUAAAAUGUAGACCACAAUCCUUAAUACAGCAAACUAUUAUAGGCCCCUAUAAUAACUUGGUUAUCCAGCAGCAGCAGCAGCAGCAGGCACUGGAAAGAAAUGGUACUACUCAACAAAAUGGCUAUCAGCAUCUUGCAGACAGCAAUGUCUCUUGCAGUGUGGAACAGAAGGUAAUCAUGAACAACAGUAACACAGGUUCUUACCACUUACACUCAAAUAAAUCACAGCUAUAUAGUAAUAAAUUUGGCAAACACCCUGUGGAUAAUGUUUGUGAUGUGAUGAAUCAAGCUGAAAAGCUGAGAAGCCAUUUCAUGCUAACUAGUGGAAGCCAGCAAAAGUUUGGCUAUCAUGUGAUGCCAGAUGAGCAGUCUGCCCAUGGAAUUAACAAGAUGCAGAGUAGAAAUAUAAUUUUUGAGGAAUACCUUUCUAAUCAGUCAGAAGAUGAAGCGGGUCAUUGCCAAGAAGCAAGACCAUCCAAUAGAAUGAUAAAGCAAAUUAUAGUUCCUUCACAACCUAGCUGUCAAGAACUGCUGUCUCAGAAUGGGAUCCAUCCAUCAGUUCUUGCUAAAACCUACCAACCCUGUUCCAACCAUUGUGGAGACAGAUGGCAAAAUACUUUAAAGAAUAACAUGGUAAGGCAACCUGGACUUCUAAUGGAUCCAAAUCAACCACACAGUGUCACUGGUAUCAAGGUAGAAUCUCAAGGUCAGUUACAACAAUUCUGCUCCAAUGUGCAGAACUAUUCUGGUCAGUUGUAUGACCAAACUAGAGGCUUUAAUCAGCAAGCUCUGAAAGCAGAAGUCUUUUCCCUUUCAGAAGCUAAUUAUCUAAUACAAGAGGUAGCUAUUGAAAGUACAUCAGAGCUUCUCUCCCCAGGAGUCAACCAAGUGACAAGCACAGUUGACACCAUUGACACAAGCAGCCUUGAAAGUGUGCAAAUUGAUUUUGAUGCUUUUAUAGAUGAUGGUGAUCAUGCCAGCUUAAUUUCAGGAGCACUGAGUCCCAGUAUCAUUCAGAAUCUAUCUCGCAAUUCUUCCCAUCUUACCACUCCCCAAGCAUCUCUUACAUUCCCAGUUAUGCCCAUAAGUACAAACAAUAUGGCUAUUGGGGACAUGAAUUCUUUGUUGACCUCACUUGCAGAAGAAAGCAAGUUUCUUGCUGUUAUGCAAUAGACCUAAAAAACCUAAGGUAUGAGAAUUUUUAAAAUAUGAUUUUUUUUAAUUAGUUGUCUUAAAUACUUUAACAGUCUCAUCUCAACUAAAUGAGAUGUGUUUCAAGUAUAUUCCUUUUAUGGAAUUAGCACUCUGAAAAACCCUAAAGUAUUCUGGGGAGAAACUGUCUUCCAUUUCAGCUUUGAAUCAGUAUUGUUACACAUGCCAUCCUCCUUUUUUAAUUAUUAUUUUUAUACGACUUUAUUUUCGUAAUUGUAAACCACUGUAAAAGUGUAAUGUGCAUGUCAUCUUAUUUUUGAGGAUGAUCUGAUAUUACAAUUUAUUGAUAUUCAAAAGAUAUAUACAGUGUUGAAUGAUUAUGGGCAGAACUCUUACAGUAUGUAACCAGUUUCUAAGGCACAUUUCUGAGGGGAAGUUUGAAAUUCUAUCCACGUCACUAAAAACUUCAUUGAUGAGAAUUGUUGAAAGCAAAAUAGACUAAUUUAUGUCAUGGGAGGAGAAAAUUAAUAUUUUGAGUGGUUACUUCUUUUGCCCUGUAUCUGUGGUUUUUAAACUUUUUAUUUUUGAGGAAAAAUCUCUUUUCUAUAUCAUUUGCCUGCUAUAGAAUUUUUCAGAAUUUUCAUGCAAAAAGUUGGCUUGCUCUGUGGGAUUUCAUCAUUGUUAUCAAUUAACAGCAUGAUUAAUAUUAUAGUGGGUUAUAUUACAGGGGGAAGAUCAAAGGCAAUGAACAAAAUGCCAUUCUGAGAAUUCUGCUUACUGUUACUUAUUCUCACACUUUAUUAAUAAGCUUCCAAGAAACUCUAAAAUUGUCCAGAACUCAAGGUAGAAAUCAUUGGUCUAGGUUGAGAGAAUAGCAAAAAUUAAACCUGAAAUAUAUUCCAAUAAAAGUAUUAAAAUGUGGAAAGGGGAGAGUUGUAUUAGAUAUACUGCACUUGUGAAAAAUUACCAUAAGUUAGCUUUUUAGGUAGAGGGAUAUAACAAUAAGCUUCACUUUUUUUAUACCUUGUAAUGCAUCUAUUAGGAUAAACAUGUUACUGUUCACCUCUAUUACAAAUCUUCUUACUGAGUCUUAAAUUUAAAUAAAAUAUGCACUUUUAAGGAAGGAUUAGUUAAUAUUCUUGUUAGCUAAUUAUGUAAGUUACAUACUUGUUAACCAAGUAUGUAAGAUGUACAUACUUCUAAGGAUUCAGUGUCUUUCAAAACUUUUUGUACCUUUUAAUCACUGUCAAUUUACAAUUAGAACAUUAACCAGAGCUUCAGAAUAAUGUAAUGGUGCUAUAAGUGUCUCAUUAUUGAAACCGCUGAUAGAACUCCAUUCUUGGAGAUUUAGGAAGAGAUAACACUGAUUAUUAUUCUUUCCUGAUCCACAUUUAGUUUUUCAGCAAACUACUGGCAAAUGCGAGCCUGAAAAUAUCAAGUCUGAUAAUACGAAUGUAAUGUAUAACAUUGUUACAUAUAGUAUUUAAUAUACCAAAAGUAAACAGUCUGAUAAAGGAAGUCAAUAGCAAAACAACGUCAUAGUUGCUGUGUCUGUGUGUUUAAAGAGAAUAGGCAAUUUUCCAGUACAUUCACUGUUCAAACAUUAAUAUAAUAAGACCAGAAUUGACAGUGCUUACACUGAUUUACAUUAAUGAAUAUGUGUAUCGAAAAUACUUAAAAUGUUACUCAU